AUGAGAGAAGAAAACCCAUCAGAAAGCAGAGCCAAAGCAUCAAAAUUUCCUGAUCAAAACGAAGCCCCAAAAUCUCAAACCACAAAAACCAUCACCAAUCAAUCAAAACCAAAGUCUUCAUGGGGUUCAAACAUUGUGAAGGGCUUCACAGCUGACAAGAAAACAAAGGUUCAAACUAUCACAGUCCAGAACAAGAAACUUCCUUUAUCAAAUUCUGAUGUGGCAAACGCAAACGAAAAGAACCCAUCUCUUCCAUCUCAUUCUAGAGUUAAAAGGUCGCUCAUAACUGAUUUAUCUUGCUCUGUUAACGCAAGCCAAUUUCACCCUCAAGUCUACCCAACUCACCGGAGACAGUCCUCGGGUUCUCGCGAUUUGUUCAUUGAAUUAGACCAUGUUAGGAGCCUUCUUCAGGAAUCUAAAGAAAGGGAGUUUAAGCUGCAAGCUGAGCUUACAGAAUGGAAGACAAAUGCUAAAGUUUUGGAUCUCGAAACGCAGCUAGAAACAAGGAACAUCGAGGUGGAUGAUCUUUCACAGAGAGUUGGAUUGCUGGAGUCGGAGAAGACCAGCUUAUGCGAUCAAGUGGCAACUUUGAGUUCCAUUUUGGAAAGAAAUGAGGACAAUUUGGAAAUUUCAAAGGAACCGCUAUCCAUUAGUAAUCUUGAAAUGGAAGUUGUGGAGUUGAGGAGGUUGAACAAGGAGCUGCAGCUGCAAAAGAGGAAUCUUGCUUCCAAGCUUUCUUCUUCGGAAUCCCAGUUGGCUUAUCUUUCCAAAGCUAAUGAGAGUGAUGUUGCGAAAAUUAAAGCUGAGGCAUCUAUGUUAAGACACACCAAUGAAAACCUGAGUAAGCAAGUAGAGGGUCUACAAAUGAGCCGCUUGAAUGAGGUUGAGGAGCUUGCAUACUUAAGAUGGGUUAAUUCUUGUUUACGAGACGAAUUACAAAAUUCUUUCUCAACAAUAAAGUUUGAUAAAACAUUAAGUCCAGUUCAAAGCAAGGGUGAAUAUGUAAGCAGUAAGAGCUCCUUAGAACGCAGCAAUGUAAAGAGACUAAAUUUAAUUAAAAAGAUAAAGAAAUGGCCAGAGGAAUUUUCAAGUAUAGAAUAUGCAGCUAAUCUUGUGGAUAAGGAUUGGGUGACAAGUCCCGGAAGAAGACAUUCUAUAAGCGGAUCGAAAUGUUACAUAGAAGAGUUAAUACCAAAUAAGAGAAGGCAAUCUGAUGGUUUUAUAUGUAUAAAAGAAAUGGAAAAGGAAGCCGAGCCACUAAGUUCUCAAAAGUAUGGUACAGUUCAAAGAAUGCAGUUCUUUGGAAAUUGCCAAGAACCUAAUAAGCCCGCAGCUUCCUUAGAUGUUAUAAAAAGGGCUUUGCGUAUUCCAAAUCCUCCUCCCAGGCCUUCCUGUUCAAUUCCAAAUGGACUUAAAGAGGAAAGUUCUAAUCAAAUUCCACCACCACCACCUCCUCUCCCUACAAAAUUUUCAGUGAAAAGUAGCACGGGAGUUGUGCAGCGAGCCCCACAGGUAGUUGAGUUUUAUCAUUCACUCAUGAAGAGGGAUUCUAAAAAGGAUUCUACAAAUGGAGGAAUAUGUGAUGUGCCAGAUGUUGCAAAUGUUCGUAGCAGCAUGAUUGGUGAAAUUGAGAACAGAUCAGCACAUUUGCUUGCUAUAAAGGCUGAUGUUGAAACUCAAGGAGAAUUUGUGAAUUCAUUGAUAAGAGAAGUCAAUAGUGCUGUUUAUCAGAACAUUGAAGAUGUAGUAGCUUUUGUGAAGUGGCUUGAUGAUGAACUUUGCUAUCUAGUUGAUGAAAGGGCAGUCUUAAAGCACUUUGAUUGGCCAGAGAAAAAAGCUGACACAUUGCGAGAAGCAGCAUUUGGGUAUCGAGAUCUAAAGAAAUUGGAGUCUGAGGUUUUAUACUACGAGGAUGAUUCCAGAAUGCCUUGUGAUGUUGCCUUAAAGAAAAUGGUUGCUUUGUCUGAGAAGAUGGAGCGGUCUGUUUAUAACCUCCACCGCACAAGAGAGUCAUUGAUGCGUAACUGCAAGGAAUACCAAAUUCCCAGAGAGUGGAUGCUUGACAACGGGAUUACAAGCAAGAUAAAGCUUGGAUCAGUGAAAUUGGCAAAGAAGUACAUGAAAAGGGUAGCCAUGGAACUGCAGUUGAAGGCAACUCUGGAAAAAGAUACUUCAAUGGACUACAUGCUCCUUCAAGGAAUGAGAUUUGCUUUCAGAAUUCAUCAGUUUGCAGGAGGAUUUGAUUCUGAAACAAUGCAUGCAUUUGAGGAACUCCGAAACCUAGCCAACCUCCUUAACAACAAGUAAAGGGCAUGGAGGUUUUUGUCGGAACAAUCUUUGCUUAACAUCUUAGUAAGCUUCCAUCUGGUUUGGUUGGGUAAAGUCAAUUUUAUUUAUGUAAAUGUGGAAAAUGGAAGAGUUUUGAUUCGAGUUUAUGCUCAUUAAGCAGAGACUGACGUGUAAAAAUGCACUUUGCAUUGUGAAUUUUGAAAUGGAAAAUUGUGCAUUUGCAAUGGGAUGGCUUGAAAA